AUGGGUCUUCCUCAACAAACAAACACUCCCGUCGAGAAGCCAUCGACCUCCGAGACGGCAGAGACCACCACCGACUCCAUCCCUGCCGCCGACGUCAGCACACAGAACAGCUCUCUGGGCGCCACGAAUAGCUCAGAACUGGCUGGAGGUGCCAUGGGCGGUACCCAGGGUGAUGCUGAGAGAGCGGCUGAGAAGCUCUACGAGGAGAGAAUGGAAGUGAGUAACCACCGCGAUGAGCCUCUGUCGGACACAAUAUGCUAA